AUGCCGUUAGCACAUAAUUUAAAGAAGGUCUCCAAGAGCGUAGCUCUGUCGAAGGGAUCGGUGCAUAUAAAAGGAAGGAAUUUCAAGAAGCUCAACAGAGCUACCUUGAGAGACCGGAAAUUGACGAACCGGAAAGCAGAACACUUGGAACAGAAACAGAAUGAGCUCAUGAUUAUAAAAUAUAUCCAAGAGGAGGUCAAACAAGCAAGCGACCAGGAGGUUUUUGGACUUGACCUGAUGAAAUCUUACAUUGAGAAUUUCUUAUCCAGGUUCGACGAUGAGGUGGAGCAACUUCAAGGAGAGAGAAGACCAGGUAGACCUGCUAGUGCCAGACAGCAGAUAUUGGAACAGCUCAUACAAUCAGAAAAAUCUAACUAUGUCAGUGGGAUUAAGGUUCCUAAUCUCAGUGACAAGUUGACAGUAGACUUGUUGAGAAAAUGGAACGGAACUAUUGGUGGAGUCACUGCUUUCAAAUACAUAAAUGUGUAUAGAGAUAUGAAGCAGAUCCCCACCAAAGAAGAAACAAUGCAAUGA